AGGUAUGGAAUAUAUGAACGAUGUAGAGAGUUGGUGGAAGCAGGUUAUGAUGUCCGACAGCCAGACAAAGAAAAUGUAACGCUUCUCCACUGGGCCGCAAUCAACAACAGGAUAGAUCUGGUGAAAUACUAUAUAUCUAAAGGUGCUAUCGUUGAUCAGCUUGGAGGAGAUUUAAAUUCUACCCCACUUCACUGGGCAACGAGGCAGGGUCACUUAUCCAUGGUUGUACAGCUGAUGAAAUAUGGAGCAGAUCCGUCACUAAUUGAUGGAGAGGGAUGUAGCUGUAUUCAUUUGGCUGCCCAGUUUGGCCAUACUUCGAUUGUUGCUUACCUGAUAGCAAAGGGACAGGAUGUAGAUAUGAUGGAUCAAAAUGGAAUGACACCUUUAAUGUGGGCAGCUUACAGAACACAUAGUGUGGAUCCAACCCGAUUACUACUUACAUUUAAUGUUUCUGUUAAUCUUGGAGACAAAUAUCACAAAAACACAGCGUUGCACUGGGCUGUGCUAGCAGGAAAUACUACAGUUAUUAGUCUUCUCUUAGAAGCUGGAGCUAAUGUUGAUGCCCAAAAUAUAAAGGGAGAAUCGCCACUCGAUCUAGCAAAACAAAGGAAAAAUGUUUGGAUGAUCAAUCACCUACAGGAAGCAAGACAAGCAAAGGGAUAUGACAGUCCAUCUUUUCUGAGAAAAUUAAAAGCUGAUAAGGAAUUCCGUCAGAAGGUGAUGCUGGGAACUCCUUUCCUAGUAAUUUGGCUGGUUGGGUUUAUAGCAGACCUAGACAUUGAUUCUUGGCUCAUUAAAGGGCUGAUGUAUGGUGGCGUUUGGGCUAUGGUGCAGUUUCUUUCAAAGUCAUUCUUUGAUCACUCCAUGCACAGUGCACUGCCUCUUGGAAUAUACUUGGCAACGAAAUUCUGGAUGUAUGUGACGUGGUUCUUCUGGUUUUGGAAUGAUCUCAAUUUUUUCUUUAUACAUCUUCCAUUCCUCGCUAAUAGUGUUGCACUUUUCUACAAUUUUGGGAAAUCCUGGAAAUCUGAUCCAGGAAUCAUCAAAGCCACGGAAGAGCAAAAGAAAAAGACAAUAGUAGAACUUGCAGAGACAGGAAGUCUGGACCUCAGUAUAUUCUGCAGUACCUGCUUGAUACGAAAGCCAGUGAGGUCCAAACACUGUGGUGUUUGCAAUCGAUGUAUAGCGAAGUUCGAUCACCACUGCCCAUGGGUGGGUAACUGUGUAGGAGCAGGGAACCACCGCUAUUUUAUGGGAUACCUGUUCUUCCUGCUUUUUAUGAUCUGCUGGAUGAUUUAUGGAUGUAUCUCUUACUGGGGUUUCCACUGUGAGACAAGUUAUGCAAAGGAUGGAUUUUGGACCUAUAUUACACAGAUUGCUACCUGUUCUCCAUGGAUGUUCUGGAUGUUUCUGAACAGUGUUUUUCACUUCAUGUGGGUGGCUGUGUUACUCAUGUGUCAGAUGUAUCAGAUAUCUUGCUUGGGUAUCACAACAAAUGAAAGAAUGAAUGCAAGAAGAUACAAGCACUUUAAAGUUACAACCACGUCUAUUGAAAGCCCAUUCAACCAUGGAUGUAUAAGGAACGUUAUAGACUUCUUUGAAUUCAGAUGCUGUGGUCUUUUUCGGCCUGUUAUCGUGGACUGGACAAGGCAGUACACAAUAGAAUACGACCAGACUUCAGGAUCAGGCUACCAGCUAGUGUAGCACCACCUUCGUCCUUUGAGCAUAUCGUAUCUGAGUGGUGCCUGAAGAAUUUUCUCUCUCUCUCGAAUCCGCAUCCCUUGAAGAGUAGCAUGCUAUGUGUAGGGCUGAUGAUGAAUCGUAAGGUACCUUCUCUUCACCAGAAUUUUAUUAACAAGAGUAAAAAUGGACAGAACAAACUGCCAAACCUGAUAAGGAAGAGGAGGAAGAUCAAAAAGGGAUUUUAACAGUUCUUAACAUGAGAAUUAUUCGCGACAGCAUAUUCACAGUAUUUGUUGUUGGGUUUUUUAUUUAAGGUCUUUCACAAUGGAGCAUGAGAUUAUUGAAGUCUUGACAUAAGUAGUUAUGUUGUGCUGAGCAGAAAAAAUUAUUUCCCAAUAUGAAUAAUUCCACUGAAACAAGAAUCUAGAAUAUAAAACCAAACUUUAUGAUGCAGAGUUCACUGAUCGCUAUGUUGUAGUUCCUGUAAUGUGAUUUUUUAAUACAGAUUUUCUGUAGUAUUAUGUACAUUGAAAAAUGUACUUUUCAAUACUGUUAUAAACAUCAUGUGGUGCGAAUCCCCAGUAACGUGUUAAAUUAUAGCAGUAGGGCACGUUAGAUAAAGUUGAGGAAAAAAUAUGUUGCCCACGUUUUUGAUGAUUGUUUUUGCCACCAGUUAGUGGUACAAGGAGAUACUGGUAGUAACCCUCUUCUGAGAUUAUUUAGUCUGAAAUGAACAGUUGAGUGAGUAAGGAAGGCUCUUCUGUCCAAGUUCAAGCCCUGCUUAAAUGCACGAUUACAGUAUAUAAUGUUCAGGAAAAAAUGUGGGGAAAGUAAUCAUUAUAUCUGAAUUAAUUGUAUAAGCAACUUACGAGCAAUGUGUUGAUACUAGGUUUUGGUCCUCAUGCAGUACAGGCUGGAAGAGAAAUUGCAUAGAGGAAAUCACAGAUGUGAAAGCAAAAAUCCCAGUUAUAAAGAGGCAAGAAAAUUUUAAAUUGAAUGCAACUGCAGAAGAAGAACCCAGAGUUUUCUGAAAUGCUUAUUUUAUUUGGAUGUAAAAUAACAGAAACCAAACUUUAAAAAAAGUAUUUUUUUUUAAAUCCCCACAAUAGUGCGCGCACACACACACAGAAAAUGUACUCAAUGUUCUGGAGAAGAUGGUGUAAUGGCACAUAGAAAUCACCCUUAAUUUCUUUUUUUUUAAGUUCUCAUGCUACCAAUAUGUUUGGAAGGUAAGGAAUGAUCUGAAAUUGCAUUCCAAAUGGGGCUUUUCUUGAAUGUGAUGCACUGAUUUUUGUUAUGGGGUUUUCAUAUACUCAUAGUGAAUUGUUCACUGCUUCCUUAACUAUUGUUUACAGAGAGACUGAGAAUCAGGUUAGUUCUCUUCUAAGUGCUGUAGCAACCCAGUGGUUCAAGAAACCUGUGAGGGGAGUUUGGGGAGGGACCUGAAAGCAGAUGUCCGAGACCAGUGUAAAGAAUGUGUAUCUGUAUAUAAAUAAUUUAUCAAAUACUUUUCUCUCUGUGAGUGUGUGUUUAGUGUAUUUAAAGCUGCUCAUUUUCAUUUUAUUCAACCAAAAAAAGUGUAGGAAGAUAUCUAAUGAGCUUUUAGUGAUGUUCAAUAUUGCUGUUAAUAGGCAUUAAUGCCCUGCAAAUUCACCGCAUGUUUGAUGCUUGGCAAAAGUAGCGUUUUCUGUAAUACGCAGAUUACAGGUACUAAAGCAAUCUAGUGGUAUUCCCGGCCCUUGCCUUAGUAAGAGGAGCAGUGAAACUGUAAAUAGUUGAUGUUCAGUAUUUGCAAGUAAACAUUUUUUCUGUAGUUGUUCAUUGAUCUCAAGACACACACUUAGUCUGCAAGUACCAGAUAUCAGGAUUUACAGAAGUUGCAGCAUUAGAGUACUUGAAUGUUUAAUACUGGAAAAAUCAACAUCGUCUUGGACACAGUUUUAACGGGAGAGGUUUGGGUGUAGGGGGGGUGGCAAGAAGCUUUAGCUAUUUUUGUCAGACAAAAUUUGUAAUCCUAACAAAGACACGUUCUGUUUCAGUGAAAACAGUUGACAUUGGUUAUUCAUAUUUUUUUCUAAUCAGAAUAAAGCAUGAAGACUUUACAGUGUUUAUUUUAAUCAUUGGUGAUGUUCUACAUAUUUGUUCAUAUUUUUGUUCACAUUUCUUUGGAGGGUCGGUUGACUUGAAGAACUUCAGUCCACUUUACUCAGUAUCUCGUGGCACCAGAAGAGCAGUUCAGUACCAGGUUUUGGGUUUAGUUGCCCAGUAGCGUUAACUGCCGUGAGUUGUGUCACGCAGUCCUGUCAGAAACAUUUGCAAAAGAAGAGGUGAUCGUUGGUGGUAGUACGUCGUGAGUUCUGCACUAUUUACUUCUUAAUAGCUCUCUGGUGACAGUUUUGUUGGGACCUGCGGAAUCUGAGCAAUAGUAGGUAGUUGUGAAAAUUAACUUGGGAUGUAUGAAGUUUCCAGUACAAAAUGUAACUUGUCUUGAGUAACACUGAAUUGUUUGAUGUGAAACCGUAAAAUCAAGCAGGAGGGAGCCACCUACGCAGCCUUUUUCUGUCGAGUUAUCAAACUUACAAGUCACUUGAACCAAAACUGCAUUGCUUCUGAAACUUAACAAAGCUGCUCCAGACCAACAGCAGAUCAGGCCGACUUAAUCUGACAUAGGUAGAAUAAAUGGGAAUUUUGUCUUGGCCCUAAACAUGUGCUGUUUCUUUGCAGAUUUCUGUAUUAUUCUUUGAUGUCCACCAGAGUUGGGGUUUUUUUUGUUUGAGUUUGUUUUUUUUUUUCAAUUAAUGUGUAAUACAGCAUCACUACAAUUUAAGCUAUGGAUUUUUUUGUAUAUUCUUUAUUUAUAACUGUGCCAAGUAUUAUUUUAAUACUGUCGAGAUCUUGAUGUAUUACAUUGUGAACAAAAAAAAAUCUGUAAAAUGUUUAAUAAAUUAGCUCUCCUUACAUAAAUUAAAUCUGUUAAAUUUUGUAAGUUAUUAAUCAAAUAAAUAUUGACUCUUA